AUUUAUGUAUUUGAAAUAAAAUAGAAAAGUUAAAAAUGCCUAUUUUCCUUUACUAAGGGGUAUGGAAAUAUGGUUGCUUAAAAUACAUAUCCUAGCACAGUUUGAUCAUAAUUAUACAGCAACUACAAAACAAUAAAAUUAAUUUCUUUGGAUAUCACAACUUUAUAUGUGUUCCUAUUAUAUACCAACAAUAUUACUAUAUAAUGAAACCAGGAAGAAAAUUCCAUAAGAUUGAUACUGUGCAUAUUGUAAACUAAAUCCAUUUUCAAUUACAUUAAUUCUUUUAGUUCUAAAAUUUAUAAGUCAAAUUUAUCUGUCCUAAUAUCUACUGUCAAAAAUAUAUGUAAGCACAUAGACCUCCCUAAGUGACUAUAUUUUAUUCCCUUAUAAUCUUGAGAUUCAAUUAGGGCCAUGGCUAAAGAACACUAAGCAAUAAUUUGAUUCAGCCGACACAACCAGAGGAAAUCUGGGAAGUCAAUAAACUAGAUUCAUGUCUUGCAUACAAAAAUAAUAGGUUGAUUGAAGUUUUCACUUUUUAAUCUGUUACUUUGAUAUCAAAUAUUCUCAGUAUUAAAUAUAUUUUAUUGAUUAAAUUCCUGCCCACUGUGAAAGAUAAUCUAACAUAUAACUAGAAGGUCUAUUCUAUUUUUUCAGAAUUUUUUAGGGCCUUCCAUUAGGCUAACACAAUAGCUGAAGUGAGAUUCUCAGUAUGCGAAACUUCAAUAUCUAAUACAGCCAUUCAAUUUUGUGCAAGUGUAUAUAUACAUAAAAUAUAGAUUGUUCAAGAAAAAAGAACUAUGAGAGAUAUAGAGCAAAGGAUAUGUCUUUAAAAUUGAGUGGGCACCAACUUCAGGGCCCAGAGAUUCAAAGUUUUGUUGCACGAAAUGGCUGUCUACAAGAAAUAUUCUAAAUUAAGUAUGUACUAUCCAGCUUUACAUAAUUGGUUCCCCUUUAGCUACUUCUAUAUCCUACCUUGAGUUAUUUUAAUCUAUUUAUUGGUUGAAUUGUAGAGAGACAGCCCUAUCUAAAUCAAUUACCUCAUCCUUUUGAAAUUGUUCUCUCUCUUUCUCUCAUCUCAGAACAUAAUUUUUCAGACCACCGCCUUCAAUUUAUGCACCGUACACGUCUUUUUGACAUUUUGUUACAUAAUGCUUACUUUGUUGCAUUAACCCCCACAUGAUGACACCCCGAAGUGACCAGGAUGACAUGUUAGGCCAAGAUACAGAGUGCCUCCCCCCCGUGCCCCCACCCUGUUCUCCUCCAUUAGUCUAGGAACAACUGUAGUGUUCUUUGUCAUCAGGUCAACAUCUUUAAUUCAUCCUCUGGGUGAUUUGGAGGUCAUAAAGUCCAACUGCCUCCCCAUUCCACAAUUUAUCAGAUAAAGAACUGACCUUCAAAUAAACAAAGUAUAUUCCUAAAAUUACACAGAAAGUUGCAGACAGUACCUACACCACAACUCAGGUGCGCAGAUGAAUGAUAGUCCUGGAGAAGCAUCAAGGGAUGGAAUAAUUAAGUUUAGAAUUGAGGAAAUUAGCUGUACUGGUUUUGGGGAGAUAAAGUCACUACCUGUUCACAUGAUUAAUUUUCCUUCUGAAUGUCAACAGCCUCCUACAGAUGCACAUAUUACUACAGAACAACAUGCCUAUGGUGACUGUUUGUUUCUAAAGUUUUAAUCAAACAAACGGCAACAUUAGAACUCUGAUUUUCCCUUUAGCAAUCCAAAUAUAUUCAAAUUAUGAAUUGAAAGAUAUUGGACUUUUAAUAAUUCAAGCUUUCUGAGUACUAUUAAGUUCCAUAAAGCUAUUGGAUAGGUAGUUUUUCUAUUUCUUAUCUCGUCUAAUCUUCAUUUCAAUUUGGGACAACUAGGUAUAUGCCUUCUUUUAUCUGUGUGGUUUUCUUUUUACUAUUUAUGUAAGUGGAUAAAGCAAAAAGUGAGUAAAAUAUAUUCCAAGAAGGAUAUUAGAAUACUAAUGUAGCUAAUGCUGCUCCUGGUAACCACUUAGGAAAAAAUGGAGUAGUUUAAAAAACAGAGUAGUAGAAUAUCAUCAACCUUAAGAGAUCAUCAAUGUGCUAUUAUAGAAUUGUAACUUGAGGGACAUCUGCAGAGCAGUAUGAGUGCCAGUGACUUCAGCACAUGCUUCCAAAAGUAUAUGCAUAUGUUAAGCGCCAGUUAGAGGGCCUAACUCCCUGUUUGCAUGGGAUGGUCCUGAUUAUAGAACUCACAGUAUUGCAUCCCAAGAAACCCUCCAAUCCCAGGAAACUCAGGAAAUUUGGUCCUGUUGUUCUGCCCAAGAGCUGCAGCUGCAAGUGAAAUAGUACCUGGAAUUGGAUGGUUUUCGUGCAUGUAGGUACAAGUUGGACAAAGGUUUGGGCUGAUUUGUGGCUUCAACUUUUCCUAGUUUUGUGACCUAUCACAAAUCACCUGACAUUUUGCACUGUCACUUACCAUUUUUUGUAAAAUGUGACUAAUACUUUUCUCACAUAUAUUUGUGAAGUUUAAAUAAAAACAUUAUUGUGAAAUGCAAUCUAAUAGUCAAAAUGCUAUGUAAAUAUAAGAUGCUUUUCUUAACUCCAGCAACUUUGCAGCAUCAAUGUUGGUACAUACAACACUCUCUCCAUGGCAGCUGCUGGAGACAUAUAUACAAUAACUUGAAUGUUGUGUAUAUGAAUUGGUUUUAGACUUGAGUUUCUAUGUAUUUAUCAAUAGUUACUGAUUUAAAGUCCCAGGUCACACUCUUCAAAGCUAUUUGCAUCAGGCAGUAUUCAUUUUUAUAAAGUAACUUUUGUUUUCUUUCUUUAACUUUUCAUCAUUACAUUUAUUAAAUACUAAAUACUUUUGAAUAUAUACAUACACACGUGUAUAGGUAGAUAUAGAUAUGUUUCCUUAAUGUGGAAUUUAAAAAUUGGUUUGAAAGACCAAACCUUAAUUUUUAGUGUGACUUAAUUUAUUAAAAGUCCUGUCUUCUCUAUCUUCUCUUUACUUAAUGAAAAAGCCAAUUGCAGAACAAGAAGAUUGAUUAGUAGCAAUAAUCUUGAUAUGCUAGUAAUAAAAAUCUUCGCUGAAGUCCAAUCUUUAUAAAAAGCACUGACUGCAUUUCAAGGCUAAUACCUAACCCUACGUCUAACAGACGGCAGAGGUUUAAUAACUGUAGGCGAUGUUGUUCAUGCUCUCAAUGAAUGUCCCACCCCCAUAACCACGCCCAAGAUUCACCACUACAACCCUGAUGGCUAGCCAAAACUGUAAAAACCUAUCUCUGUUUGCUGGCCUAGGAAACAUGCUUUCCUCCAUGCAAGACAAACUAAAAUUGCCUGAUAGCUAAUGCUCCAAGAAGCCACCCUCAAUCAGUAAUGGAUGGGGAAUUGAUAAAUAAAUAGCCUUCUUCUGUGCCCCUCAGUUGGGAUAACUAAACAUUGUUCUGUACCCAGUGCUCUGCAGAGAGACUGAGAUCCAGUUGACCACACUGAUAACUGGCCUGACAACAAACCUUCAUUGGCUUCAUUCUGUUGAGUAACCCACUUCCCUUUUGGUAUUUCUUGGGACCAUCUGCCCACUAAAUUUCUUGCGUUCAAGUCCUUGCCUCACAGUCUACUUUGGGAGGGACCCAGAACAAGAAAAUAAUGUUUGAUAAAUAAAUUAGUCCACCUGCAUGAAAAGAUACACAGACAUACAAGUAAGCCUCUGCUUCUCUGUGUCAACACACAAAUCAUUUAAUCUUUCUUUAAGUUGGUUUAUAACAGCUGUUACAAAUGGAACUCAGUGAAGAGUUGGGGACAGUGAGCCCUUCCUUAAUUAAGGUGGAACUUUUUAUUUUACUUUGUCUCAAGAGAUUCUUUGAAUGUAAAUUAUAAAGUUGAAAUCAUAGAAUACAAAGAAAGCAAAGGAACUGACAAGUCUUUUUCUCACCUGGGAGGUUGGUCCAUUAACAUAAGAGGCAGACCCUGCUAAGGCCAGCUCUGAUAUCUCCCAUGUGAUAAAAGUUCUUGACACUUAGCAGGAGUUGAUGUCUUGAUAUUAUAUCUGCAAAUGGUAGCUCUGAAGGGGAGGUGGGCACUAGGAUGUGCCUCCUAGAAAUUCAGCCCUUGAGCUCAGAAGUAGGUAGAGUGUGAAUUAUGAGCCAGUAGUCACAUAAAGUCUGAUGGUCAUGUCUUAUCCCCAGUUCUGCUCUAGGAUCUGGGGUACACAAAGGGAAGUUCUUGAUGAUGAUGGCAGAAGCUGUGUGCAAGUUUCCAAAGCAACAAUUAGUCCUUCAGAGUCUAAUCCAAGGCUGCUUAGGGGGUUGUUCUCCUUGAGUUAAUGGGAGCAUGGGUGUUCAUGGAAGGGAGAGCAGCCCCAGAAGACAGGCAAGCAAAUCAAACCUUUGUUUUGAUUGAAUUGGGAGCGAAUGAAGUGUUCACUGCUCGCUAAACUCCAGUGAAGUUAACAUGUGAGAAUGAAUGGAGACAAACUUCUCUGUGUGGCAAGGAAGACCUAGGGCACUUUACACCCAGGAACCUCCUGGGACAGAGCUGAGAUGGAGGUGACCAUUCAUCAUACUCUGGGGGUGAUGGGGAUUUUCAGUAAAUGCUGUAUCAGUGUAGUUAAAUCUUCCCAGAACCAAUAAAAAUGCCCUUUGCUUUUUCUACCUUCUAUUACAAGUAAUUGCUAUUCAUCUAGCUAUGGAUAUCUCAGAAGUAGUCACAGAGUACUUAGAGUGCCUGAGGGACGAAAAGUUCGAAGGAAAAUGUAGCUGUGUAUCAUUGGCAUUCAUGAGAAAAUUCACAUUAGCUGUUUGAAAGGCAGGUCCCCGGGAGGCAAUAGAGAAAUCAGGAACAAUAUUGUGCCAAAAAUACUGCUCUGGCCAGGACAUCAGGGAGUUUAUGUCAGAUAGUGUGAAGGAAAGUGAUUUGGGAAGAAAAGAUGUAUGAGCUUUUCGAUAUGCAUUUGGUUUAUUUGUAUGUGUAUAAUCCCUGAAAAACUAAUAUGUUCUGGGAAUUGACAAGCAAGUUGGUUCUGAAACUUCUGAAAUAUGCAGCUGUGCUUAUAUUUCUUUUACUCUAAAAGCUCUGAAUAACAUCUGGUAACAUGAUCAAUACAUUUUCAAACUCACAGCUUUUUAAAAUCUGUUUGCAACCAAUAAGCCAAAAAUGUGUUGUGCCCUGGUACCACUUCACACUUGGGGGGCCAAGUUCAAGCCAUUGGAGAUUCAGGUGCAGAAUCCAAAAUCAUGGCCCUUUUCCAGAUAUGCACCUCUUCUGGGAGCCUAAAGAUUGGUUGUCCCCUUGAUGAAGCACCAGGCAUGGAGGUUAAAGAAGAUUUGAAGAGGAAUGGGUGAUAUCGUCUUUGCCUGGAGUCACUUUAGUGCAAAAAAUAAUUACUCUCUCACCUAUUUGCUUAUUCUAGACUGUUUGGAUAAUAGUCACUUGGAGGCAGUGAGUCCAGGUUAAGCCUCCUUACUUCUCUUCAUUCCUCUUAUUUAAAAGGUUUAGUGAAUCACCUUUCAAGGAGAUUGUACUAAAUUCUAUCAAGAUAACAAAAAGAACAAUGACUCUCAAAAUUAUUACUGCUUCCAGGUGGCUUUUUCCAUAACAUCCCCGAAAUAUAGUUAAGUCACUCAUAAGCAGUGACCAACCACCUAUUCACUCAGUGAAUUAAUGUAACGAAAUCCGUCCAGUGUAUGAGGACACACACACACACACACACACGCACACACAAUCGGGAAAAAUAGACCAUGCAAAAUGUAUCACGAAAAAGUAGAUAUAUCUUAAAUAUUUUAUUCAUUUCUUCAUUAAAGAUACAUUGAUUAGAAGUUGAAAGGAAAGUGAAAGCAUUUCUAAGUGAAGGUAUAAUAAAAAUCUUCAUGGAAUAAUAGUCAUCAAAUCUUGGCAGAAUGCUAAAAUUAGAGAAUUCCAGGAACACGGACCAACAUAAUCAAAGACAGAGGCAUCCUUGAAAAUUACUUGAUCUUUUAAAUUUGAUUGUUUUGUACUUACUAAUACUGAUGACAAUCAUAAUAGCAGCUAUUAUUUAUUGAGCCCUGUGUUCAUGUGAGAUGCUGUUUUAAGCAUAUGAUACGAAUUAAUUUACCCUCACCUCAAACUUGGGCGGUGGCUACUAUUAUUAUUCCCAUUUUAUUGAUGACAGAACUAAGGCACAUGAGAGUUCAACAACCUGUAUUAACUUUCUUACCUAGUGAGAGGCAGAGGCUGGAUUAAAACAGGGCAGCUUGGUUACAGAGCAUGGACUCUCAGCUACUACUGUCUCCUCUUAGGAGCUCACAGAGCCACUGACUCAAUGACUCUAUUUUCCUUUCCAUUUCCCUUCAGAUGUGGGUGAAGUGACAGAACAAAUGCUGCCUUGGACAUCAGAGCUCUGGUGGUAGUGGGCAUCUACCUAUAUGCAAAAUGAACUGCUGGAUCAGGUUGGGAGCCAUGCCCCAGAAUUAUAGCCUUUUGUUUAUAUCAUGUGGAGAAAGGGAACUACUAACGUGGCUGACCUCUGGUGCUCUCCUUCCUUCCACAGAUCCGCUUACUCUAAUAGGCAGCCAUCAAGACUGGCAGAGAGGCAGUUCACAAAGCAAUACUCUUCCCGUAGUCUCACUACAGUGCCCCCUCCCUAGACAUUUUCCCAGAACUACCUUCACAUUCAAACUGCCUCCUGUGCUGGAAGUUAAUUAAUAUUUUUUUUUCAGAGCGAUUCCAAGUACAUCUAUCCAGAUAGCUAACAACAAUCCUGCACUUCCUGUAUAUAGUAUCAGAAGGGCCCUAGUCUUGAAAUCCACAGAUCUGGGUACAAGGUUCAGCUUGGCCACAUACAAUCUAUGUGCUAUUGGCCUAAUACCUGAAGUAGUGUUACAUUACCCUGAAGCCUGCCUCCUACUUGUCUCUGUUGAAUUGCCCGCUCUCCCAUCUCAAUAUAGAAUUUGGGGAACCAAAAAUGUGGCCAGAUUCACUCAAAUUACGUCACUGGUGGCAGGCAGUGAUGGACUGUCUCUGAUCCCUUUGGAUGCCUGAUCCAGUGUUCUUUUCAGAGGCCAGUCUGCCCUUGGGGAACCUGCAGAAGGCACUGCUCCUUCCCUCUAAGUGGGAGUCACAUCCUCCCGUUAUUCCCUCCCCACUGUUUAGAUGGUGCAAACUAUAAACAACGCUUUUAAAAGCUCUAUCCUAUGUGGUUAUAGGAGAGUUAGUCAAUACCUCUGAGCCUCACUUUUUCUUCUUAGUUUGAAAAAUCAAAAUGAGACAUUUUAUUUGAGAAAGCACCUUUCACACUAUAGAUCAAUUUCCAAAGGUGGAGCACUAUGUAUAUGAACAAGAAUUCCAGGUAUUUGAUGGCAGAGAAGCCCUGUUGGUAAGAGGGCAGAAAGCAGACAGAAAGUGAAGGAAAUCCAACAUAAGAUUUUAAUAGCCUGCCCAUCAGGAAGUGUCUCACCCCGUCAGCUGCUGAUUUUUGCCAGCAAAUGCCAUCUCCAAAGGAGGUAGAAUGUGCAAAGGGCUGGGAAAUGAGGUGGCUCCCCCAUGCCCCAUGCCAUAGCAUCUGUCCUCUCAGGGCCCACAUAUUUGGGAAGAAUAACAAAUCCUCAGAGAAGAAGUCUGAUCUGCAUUUCUGCAAUAUGAAAAAGCCAAGGAAUGGGGCACUUAAAAGACUGAGGUGAAGUGGCAUUCCCUGUUCCCAAAUGAGUUAUUUUUUUCUCUUCUUUUUACUUUUAUUAUUCGCAAAAUUCUAGCCUCUCAAUAGCUGAGGAAUUUCCCAGAGUUUUGCAGCAACAAUGUUGACAGGCAACUGCUUUUUCCUCCUGAGGCGACUUCUAUUUCUGCGAGGUCAGGACUGCCAAUGGGAGCACAUAUCAGGGGACAGGUUGAUGGAAGACAAGGCAAAAGGUCCAAUUGUCCAGGGGCCGAGGACCGUGAACUUAAGCCAAAGGGAACAGAAUGGAAUCAGUGUACAUCCUGCUGUGAGCACUCACUAUUUUUUCCCCUUUCCUUUCUUAAAGGAUAGCCUUGAAAGAAAGCGUGUUCUUUCUCAGCAGAGAGCUUACAAUUCCAUAGUUUAUUGUAUUCGUGGUCACAAGAAAAUAGAGAUAUUCUUUUAAUAAUUCUUUUCCAGCUAGGUCAGAAAAUUCACACACCUAUGCAUUAAAGAAAGAAGAUACACUAUUAUGUGUGGUCAGAAAAUCACUGAUUGGCAUGAAAGUGAUUAAAAUCUAGCCAAUUUUCCUGAUCAGUUAUGCAUGAGAGAAAAACUUUAGUAAUUUAAUUCCUUAUCUAUAUCUUGGGCUUUUUCCAAAUUAGAGAGCUCUUUCAAAUCCUUGAUUUAGUUGAUCCCUACAAAAAUUUGGAGAAGUCAGUAGGUAUUACUGCCCCAAUAUUUACUGUGAGCAAUCUAAGAACAGGUUAAGAGACUUGCUCAGAUCACGUCACUAGCUAUUGGCAGAGUUGGGACAUUGAGAUCUUUGCAUUCCUGGUCCAGAGCUCUUUUCCCUGGAUCAAGUUUCCCCAAAGUGUGUUCUGUGGAACGUUCCCCUAGGAAAAGCACUGCCGAAAACAGAAUCUCUGGAUCGUGGACGUCUGAGAACAGUAUGUAAUGUACCCUUCUCUUCAAGUUUUAUAACGUGCUUUAGAAUAGAAGAGACACUGAGAAAUCUUGAGAGAAAGGAACGUGUCCACUUAUUUAACUUGUAGUGUUUGACUGCAUGCUAAUUUUUUCAAAACGCAAAAAGCACACUGUGGGAACUCUUGGAUAGUGCCAUACAGCUUUAUAACAGUUCGCGUUAUUCCCAUGGAAGGAGGAAUCUUCCAUUUGCAAGUCUAAUAGGGAGACCUGUGUCUUUUUCAACAGAAUGAAAUUUGAACUGAAACUCCCAGGACCAGCUUUGGGUAAAAUUGUAAAGUCUGUAAGAUUGGCCAUUGUGGUGAAAGCUCAGGUUCAGGAUUCCAACAGAUACUGGUCAGAUGAGGGACUUUCUGGCCACUUAUCAGCUGGUCACACUCUGUCCAAUUACCUACCCCUUCCGGCUUCGGUACCCUCACCUGUAAAAUGAGAGCAAUCUUUUUACACAUCUUAUGGGACUACUGUGAAGAUUACAUGAAACAAUAUGCAUACAGUCCUCGGCAUGGAGCCUGGUACCUGGUCAGUGUUCAAAAAAUUGUAUUAUUACUCUUAUUCUUAUUUUCUCUUUCAGCCAGCCUCUGGGUAUCCCAUUCUUUCUCUCCCUCCUCCUAUUUUUCUAUCCUGUCAUACAGUCUGAAAGGACUCUGCUUCCAACUCUCCUGCCUAGCUUGUGUAGGGCAGAGAUCGCAAGUCUGCUGCCUUCAGAGACCAGGCAGGUGAUAUGAAAGAGUGAGGUGGGCUGAAGAUUAGACCGUCAGGGUCUCCCAGACUAAGGCAAAGGAUGUUGAAGAGCCAAGCACUCCUGAUGCUUGUUGUUAAUGCCUUUUUGUUGUGUUGUUACAGUGUGGAAAUGUGGAUUCAGUGAUGCCAACUCUUCAGAUAUUUAAAGAGAAAGCAGAAUGUUCACUUUUAUAUGGGUUUCCCAUUUUUAAACACUCUGCUAGGGGAAUAUAGCUUUUGGAUCACCAUCUAAUGACCUUUGAUACACAGGAUUUCUGGCUUCCUGCUCUUACAUAGAAAAGAAAAGCUACAAGUUUAGAAGGGCUGAAGAGGUCAUGUAGUUUAACCUUCUACUUGAUGUGGAAAUGCCCUCUAUAAUAUCCCAGAAAAGCUGUCAUCGAGCUGCUCCUUCUAGACUCCUCAUCAAAGAACUUGGUAUCUCAUGGAGAAACCAUUUCACUGUUAUUCUUUGUAUGCAAAAUCUCACCAAAUCCUUGAAUAAACCUCAUGCAGUAGGUAGUGCUUUUUGCAUUGUAAUCAUAAAACUGAGGCUCAGAAAGCCUAUUUUCCUUUCUCCAAAGUCACAAAGUGAUUAAGUAUUUGUAGGUUUGAGACAGAAACCCAGACUGUCUAGGUUUCAAAGCCGGUGCACUUAACCACUGGCUAAACAAUUCUACCUGUUAAAGUGCUCUGGGCUGAUAUUAAGCUGAAAUUUGCUGCCCUGAGAUGUCUACCCAUUGGUCCCAGUUCCGCUCUCCUGAGACACAAAUAAUAAGUCUAAUCCUUCUUCCACAAGACAGCCCUUCAAAUAUUUGAAGAUGGUCCUCCUCUGCCUGCUAAAUCCUUUCUUCCCCAGGCUAAACAUAUUCAUUUCUUUCCACUGACUCUCAUAAGCUCCCAGCCACUUCAUCAUCUUCAACCUGUUUCCCAGAAGAGAGUUUCAGUUUGUAAAAAUUCCUCUUAAACCAUGAUGUUCACAAGAGACUACAGUCCCUCGUGUGGUUACACAAGUGCAGGUUAAGAUGGAAAUACCGCCUCCCUUGUUUUGGCCACUAUACUUUUGUUAAUGCAACCUUAGUUACAUCAGAUUUUUGGCAAUUAUGUUAAAAGAUAAGCAAAUAUUGCAUGUUGGCCUGGAAUUACCCCAUGUAUUUUUUUUUUAAAUUGAAUUGAUGUAAAGUCACUUUUCCCCACCCCGCUCGUAUUCUAAACAAGUAGAUCAAUUUUUAGAAUACUUAUAAUAUUCUUAUUAUAUAACAUCUUAUGAGAUUUAGCUACUGCUUCAGCCUAUACUGAUCUGUUUUCUUUUGUUUUUCUUUAAUCCGAAAAAUGUAGCAAAGCAGGAAAAAAGAAAAUUUUCCCACAGUCUGACUAUUUUUUCUUAGGCACAUAGAGGUAAAGAUUUUUUUUUUUACACUACUACUCUAAUACUUCCAGGUAAGUCUAUUUGUACUUCCUCCAAAACAAAACAGAAAAAUGUUUUGUGCACAUAUUUGUUUUAAUACAAUCUUGGUAUGAAUAUUCCUAUUUAGAUUUUUUUUAAAUUUGGAAUAUAUACAAGACAUAUAUCAGUAGUAAAAUUCAGAAAUAUCCUGAUUAAGAAGAGGGGGGUAAAUGUAUACAUAUACGUCAUUCUUUUUAAUCCAGAAGUUUCUGAAUUUUGCUAUCUGAUAUACUCACUAUCCCUCCCAGCUUUCUGUUAUUCCAGAGGUUAAUCAAAUAUUCAGCAGGCUUGGACUGAGAACUCACCACUAGAAACUUCUCUCCCUGCCAUUCUUUAGCCAGAGGUUGGAAAACUGUGGCCUUGGGUUAAACUCUAUCCUUGAUUGUGUUUUUUUAAAUAAAGUUUUAUUAGAACACAACUACUCCCAUUUGUUAAGAUUUUAUGUAUGUGUGCUUUUGUGCUACAACUGUCCAGUUUAGUAGUGGCAACAGAGGCCAAAUGAUCCAUAAAACUGAAAAUAUUUGCUAUCUAGUCCCUUACAGAGAAAGUUUCUCAACUUCUGCUUUAGCAGUUGGUUGGUAGUCCAUCCAUUCUGUUAUUCAAUUCAUCACUGAGAAGUGAAAUUGGUGUAAUUUCCUAUCCCUGUGUUAAAUGACACAGAAAGCAAAAAUAAUUUAGUUAUUUGCUUCAGGAAAUGUUCGCUUCUAGAGGAUAAAACUUGCAUUUCAAGACCAACAUCAAGACCUAUGUCCAGAGUGCCCAUCAAUCGAAAGUUGCUAUGUCAUAAACUCUGCCCAGUCCUCCUCAGUUCCUCAUUUUGCAACAAGAAUGUUAAAAUCUCUCUGCUUGGGCAAUAAAAUCCUAUAAAUAUCAUCCAUAACUUCUCCUUCUGAGACAGUACUAUGUCAAGUUCUAUUCUCCUUUUCUGUAGUAGUUUCAUAAACUUUGAUAUGCCUGCACAACAAGUAUUUCUUGUCACCUUUUUCGGAGUGGAGAGUCAACAUUACAAAUUCUCUGUAGUGUAGUAUCACCUACUGUGCAUUCUGUUUUUCUGAUUAACAUAAAACCUGAGAGUGUUUCAGUGAGACACAGCUGCCUGUGUUUUACAGUUGGGAAAAUAGGCUCACAGAGACGAACUCUAUGCUGAAGUGACGUGUUAGUGUCACAGAUCAAGAAGGGAGGGCCCUCUCUCAUGGACCUGCCUUCAAGUCUCAGGUCUAUGAACUGAACUGGGAUAAAUAUUUACCUCCUAUGGGCCUCAGUCUCCUCAUCUAUGAAGGUAAAGGCUCACCUAUAUUAUCUAUAUAAUUUUCCUUCAAUUCUGAAAUUCAUUGAAAAUAUUAUUUUUCAGUAGUUAGAAAACCAGUGCCUCACAGUGGUCUCUUUCAGUAAGACUCUGUUGCCUCAAGCAGAAGGCACAUGAUAUAGACUAUAUUGAUGACCAAGUCCUAGAGCUUGGUGGCUCUGAUAACGAAAUUGUUGAAAUGAUUCUAACUAUUUUCAAAACAAAUAUAUUUGUACUUAUUUCAUGCUGUUAACGACUUAACAUGUAAUCAUUCCUCCUCUAAGAAAAGAAGUAAUCCUUCUUCUAUGAUUGCAUUAAACACGCUGUGUUAUAUCUUUCUACUAAUCUAUGAUCUAUUAUGAUUGCCUAUUUUGAGAGCUGGCAUAACAAUUAUCAUAAGUGAUAGCAUUAUAUUCUGAAAACAAAGACUGUGAUGGGACAAUUUGUCUUGCUACUUUGCCUGACUUAAUGGCAAUUGGGGUUUCCUAGUCCAAACCAGAUUUUUUUGGAUCAUAAAUAUUUCAUUUUUUAAUUUAUUAUUGAUUUAGCUUGAUAGUAAAUAACUCCAUGAAUGCUGAGGUUUGAAAUCUAUUGUAGAAAUUAUUAUGCCUUUUCUUCUCUGUCUGGCCAUGGAUUUUUAUCACACUGAAAUAAAACAGUGGGGUUACCUGAAGAAAAUGGAUUUGGGAGUUUUAAUUUAUCUGGUGCAGUUAAUUAAGGAGUUUUAAUUUAUCUGGUGCAGUUAAUUAACUAGUCAAUUAACAACAAAAGGGCAAUUAGUGCUGAGCACAUUUGUUCUGAUGAUGAACAUGCCAUCUGAAAAUGGAUCUUGAUCUCUGCUAUGAAAUUCCUUAAUGUCAAAGCAAUGUUUCUGUAAGUAGAGGAAGAAUAAAGCUCAUUAGGAGUAAUGCACUUCAACAAUAGUUUCCUUUUAUGCUAAAGCAACAAAUAAGAGAGAGAAGUUGGCCAAUAUUUUAAGUAAUAUUCCUCCAUUGGCCAUUCUAUUACUCUACAUUUAAAGCAAUCACAAAAGCCAUUUAGUACGAGUUUCUUUUUCCUACUAUGAAAGUGGGAAAAUCAUUUCAGAUUGUACAAAAGGGGUGGGAAAUAGAUAUAAUCUGUGAUUGACCUGAAGAUUUCUAUGAACAGUAUGUAUUAAGGAAUUUAAUUCUCCAUCACCCAAACUGAUGUCACAUAGUUGUAUCUAGAGAUAUUAAAGAGUAUCAGGUUGAGAGGGCUGAACAAGAAUAACUUCCCAUGUUUUCUUUGUGUCAUUCAAUGUCAUGUGUUAGGUCAUCUUAGGCAUUCUCUGUAAUGUUUGGUGAGUCUCAGCUAGAAUCCUUUAUGAACCCCUUUCAAAGGCUUGUUACAGAGCUAUGCAUGCGUAUCCACCCUACUUUUUUAUUGAAGCCAAUGUCCCUAGUUCCCAAUACAAAGAAAUUUGGAAACUUCUUUUGUAAAAGGUAAAGAAUAGAGAUACCAUCUCUCUUUUGAUAACUCUCAUUGUCUCAUAUGUCUGUUGGGAAUAUCACAGUUAAAUCUGGCAACAAACUCCCAGAAUUACCCUGCUGCCUGAAGUCUAGCCAAUACUUGACUUUCCUAAUUAUUCUUGGUUUUCCAGCAAUUGCUUCACAUUCAUAGACUGACAGAUGGUUUUAUGACCAGGGGAUAAAUUGAAUGAUGGCUUUCCAUUUCUAAAAUAACAGAAAAAUUCUGAAACAAACAAAGAAACUGUUAGUGUUAUCUGGCGUAAAAAUAAUUAGUAUUGGGUACAACCUCACUGUCACAGGAAUUGUUUCUGAAUUCUUCUCUCUGCCUUCUGGGGUCAAAUACUGGUCGAUAAGACAUGGUACAAAAGGUUUAUUUUAAGGCAGGACACUCACAAGCUGAAGCAACUUCAAAACUUGUUGUUAGUGCCAAGUGGAUUCCGACUCCUGGCGACCCUGUGUGCAGCAGAGUGGAAGUCUGCUUGUUCUUUUUGAGACAUCCUUUCACCUUCCAGUACUUUAUCAGACAACACUCCACUGCUCUUCACGGGGUUCUCAUGGCCAAUUUUCCCAGAAGUCGGUGACCCAGUUCUUCUUCUUAGUCUGUCUUAGUCUGGAAGCUCUGCUUAAAUCUGUCCACCUGCUGGUAUUUGAAAUACUGGUGACAUAGCUUUCAGCAUCACAGCAACGUGCAGCUGCCACAGUAUGAGAACCAACAGACGGUGAUAUAGUUUCCUGACCAGGAAACGACCCGGGCUGUCGGGGCAUGGGUGCUGAACUUUAACCACUGGACCACCAGGGCUGACGACUUCCAAAUAAAGGGCCCGUUUUUUCUGCUAACCACAUGAUGUUCUUGCUGAGUAUGUAUACAUGGGGUUAGAGAAAUACAGUUCCACAUUCUCUACCUGAAAUCUUUACAGCUAAAUAUAUUUUAGAGAUUCAAAUGUAUUAGACUAGGGAUCAGCAAAAGAACUUCCAGAAGCUCUAAAUCUGUAAAGGACCAGACAGUAAAUAUUUUCAGUUUUGAGGGCCAGAUGGUCUCUGGUGUAACUAUUCAACCCUGCCUUUGUAGCACAAAAGCAGCCAUAGACAGUGCAUAAAUAAACAGGCAUGCUGGGUUCAGAUGAAACUUUAGUUACAAAAACAGAGGACCAAAUUUGGUCAGCAGCCUGUAGUUUGCUGAUCCCUAUUUUAGCCUUUAGAAAGGCAACGUGGUACAAAUUCAUAUGUGUUUAGACAACACUUCUAGUGAGCUACCGCUCUAUCUCAACCAGCACUUCUGGUUCAGCAGCAAAACAUAGACAUAUUUGUACUAAGUUGGAUACAAUGGACUGAACAAUCUCACAGCAGUUCAAGACAGGUUAUACCACCAAAUGAAUUGCAUGACCCAAUUGACAAGACUUUUUUAAAAAAAUAUUUUGGAUUUGCAAGAAAGGGAUUGCGGAGCUAUACACGUUCUUUUGUUGAAGUGUUUGAAAUUGUUACUGUUGCGUUGAGAAAUUCCAUGAGAGAAAAAGGAAGCACCCAUGGUCUCUAGGGAACAAAAUUUGUCCAGGAAUAAUAGAACAAUAACCUUAGCAGUUGAAUCAUGAACCAAGACAUCUACUUCUCCAGGCCAAAAUGAUAUUUAAAAGAUUGCAAGGUCUAUAGACUUCAUCUAAAAUAAAGUGCUAGUGAUGCAUUUUUAAAACUUCUUGAGAGGUUCUGGAAAUUCUUUUAAGUUAAGUUUAUAUACUGGCUCCUUUAUUUUGCCUCAAGUAAUCUUUAAGAUUCUAGGAACUUAGAAAUAAUUCUUGUGGCUAUUUUGCGUAUCAGUGACCAGCAUAAAUUUUACUUGCUGAAUAUUUCGACCCCAUUUUGCUGUGAGUAAAUAGCCAGACUCUUCUUAUCUGGAUUGUUCUCAUUGAGCCAGAGUACUCUCCUUCCUCAGGCAAUUUAAACUUUUACAAAUGGAACUUUUACAAAUGGCAACUGAUGCAUAAAUAUUAGCUAUUUAGGCUAUCUUUAUAGAGCAUUGCCAAAUAAAACAUCUCCUGGGCUUUGCCCUCAUUACAGAAUGUUGAUAAGCAAUCAGAUGGUAAAGGGCAAUAUUUACUAUGAAAUUAUACACUGGGUUGAAUCAAAUAAUCUUAGAAUAUUAGAGCUGGAAGGUGAUUAAAGGUGACGUGCAGGUCAAAUCUUUCCAUUUUCAUAGGAGGAAACUGACAAUCAAUGUAACUGUAAAUGAAUCACCCAACGUUACUCAGCUGGCUAGGAGGAAGAGACAACAGUAGAAGCAACACCACUAGAUUCCAAGUUUAGUCUUUUUCUUCAAAAUAUUAGAUUAUUUUAAGCAUGGCAGGGGGUUUCAUAAUCUCACAAUAUCAGGUAUGAUUUAGGUUCUUUGGAUGGUAGAACACAACGCAGUAACAUUCAAAUGCAUGAAACUGGGAUAUAUGAAGCAGAACUCUUGUUUCUCACAGAUCCAAGUGACAGAAGGGUCAUGCAAGGGAGUAUAGCCAGGGACAGGAUGACAGCAAGCUAGGACUGUAUGAAGCAGCUUACAUAUGACAAGUGGGGUAGGGUUGGCUAGGUUUUGUGGGCUUCCAGGAGAUUGGGUGUUUUGAAUAACUCCAGCAGCCCAAGGAAGAAGGGUCCAUUCCUGGGUGUUUAGCAUCUGCAGACUCUGGAAAUUUAGUUUGUGUGCAUUAUAACCCAGGAGUGUUAGAACCUGAUCAGGGAAGAAGUUGGGGUGGGGAUUUAGCAAACUCUCUGCCAAGAGGAAUUGGGAGUUUUUAGCCAUGUCUUCAAAAUUGGCUGAGCGUAUUCAAGACAAUACUUGUAAAAUAUAUUACAUCGAAUCAACAAAUUUGUAUCUUAGCAACUUAAUUGUCCUAAUAAUAUCGACAAAGAUUCUGGCUUUGAUUGUCCUUGGUUUGGCUUAGGUCUGUCUAAGCCAUUGGUUUGCCCAUCCUUUUACAAAACACUGUAGCCAGGGGAACAGAGUUCUCAUUGACAAGACCCUGGUCACAUCCCCAGCUUUGGAGCUACGAGGUGGAGGCAAACCCACUUGAAUUAUAUGGAGCUAGGAAGUGGAGGUAAUCCCACUCGAGUUAUACAGGGAGAUAGUUCCUUAAAAGAAAGUCACAGAGCUUUUAUCACAGGUGUGAGGCAGAAUUGCUGGGUUGGAAAAAAUUAUGAAUGUCCAUCACAUAAGUUGACCAUAUAAUUCAUCUUGUAAACUAAGACUUUUGGGGAAAAGUGGUACUGUCACUACUUGUACCAUGACAUUUGGAUAAAUAGAAACUGUCCAGGGAAAAUAGGGAUGGAUGAUCAUCCUACCAUUACAUGAUUUUUAAGGGGGAUGUAGACUCUGAGGGAGAAUUCUAUGCAAGUCAAAUAGCAUCCAUAUGGAGAUAAUGUACGAUGCAUAAGCAAAAUUAAUAGAGAGUACAUCUUUGAGACUAGAGUGGAAGUAUUAACUCAGCAAUCUGGUUGGAAAAGGACAGUUAGAAAUUCAUUUUAUAUGAACUUGAAUACCAUGCCAAAGACUUUCGAUGUUUAUGCACUGGGGAGUGACCAAAGGUUUUAGAAUACUGAUGUAAUUGGUUCAAAUCACUAUUUUAGGAAGAUAAUUUUGGUUGUAAUAUGCACAUGAACAGAAAGGACAAGAGAUUUGAAGCAGGAAGACUAUUUAGAGUUCCAAUUUUCUUUAUCUUACAUGUCAAUAGUCUAGUCAAAACCAUUAUCAUCCUUUUCUUGGACUACGAAAGUGACCUCAAUUUAUCUGUAUAAUUCCACUUUUUACUCCAUUCCUCCCGUUCUCCACAUCAGCUACAGAGAUGUUCGUAAGAUGUGAAUUAAAUUGAUUCUGUCCUGCUUAAAAUCUUCAAUUAUAAUUUGAAAGAACAACAUCUAAACUCUUAAUAUGGUCUAUAGGCCUGGCAAAAUUGAGCCUCUUUUUCAUUCUACAGCCUUGUCUCAUGCCACUGUCCUCCUGAAUAUCAAACUGGAUCUUUCCUAGGUCUUUGAAAAUGCAAAUUCUGAAAAUGCCUCAGAACCUUGUCCUACUCUCUCCCUUUUGCUUAGACAAGUCUCAUUCCUCAUUCUUACCUAUCUUAAUCCCUACAAUCCUACACUCUCUACCCCAGGUACAUUCAUUCUUUGCCUGGCUAAGAGUUACUCAUCUAUCAAGGCUCAACACAAAAAUGCUACUUGAACUCCACUUCAUAGAUCUCACUUUUUUCUUCAAGACUCUUGAGAUACAGCCUGGAAGACAGACAUUAUUUUUCCUGCUGAUUGUAUGGGAGAAAUUUUGACCUUAGAAGGUGGAAAUGAGGUUGCUAUGGAAACUGGUAAUUCUGCUGCCACUCAUAAAUACUUGUGCAGGUGAUAGUCGUUUGAGCCGUCCUAUUUUUACCCAGGAGCCACAAGAUGUCAUUUUUCCUUUGGAAUUAUCAAACUCUGAAAUCAUCCUGAAUUGUGCUGCUGAUGGUUACCCUUCACCUCAUUAUAGGUGGAAGCAAAACGGCAGAGAUAUUGAUUUUACCAUGAGUUAUCACUACAGGUUGGAUGGAGGCAGUUUGGCAAUCAGUAGCCCCCAAACAGAUCAAGAUAUUGGCACAUACCAGUGCCUGGCCACCAACCCUCUGGGGACGAUUCUGAGUCGGAAGGCGAAGCUCCAAUUUGCAUAUAUUGAAGACUUUGAAACCAAAACAAGAAGCACUGUGUCUGUCCGAGAAGGUCAAGGUGUGGUGCUUCUCUGUGGCCCGCCACCACAUUUUGGAGAUUUAUCUUAUGCAUGGACCUUCAAUGAUAACCCCUUAUAUGUCCAAGAGGACAACAGGCGGUUUGUGUCACAAGAGACAGGAAAUUUGUAUAUUGCCAAAGUGGAGCCAUCAGAUGUGGGCAACUACACUUGCUUCAUAACAAACAAGGAAGCCCAGAAAAGCGUUCAAGGACCACCCACUCCAUUAGUGCAGCGCACUGAUGGUGUGAUGGGGGAAUAUGAACCAAAGAUUGAAGUGCGUUUUCCUGAAACUAUACAAGCUGCAAAGGGUUCAUCGGUAAAACUGGAAUGCUUUGCCCUUGGAAAUCCAGUCCCCGAUAUUAGUUGGAGGAGGUUGGAUGGAAGCCCGUUGCCAGGGAAAGUCAAGUACAGCAAAUCCCAGGCUAUCCUUGAAAUCCCGAACUUUCAACAGGAAGAUGAAGGCUUCUACGAAUGCAUUGCAGGCAACCUUCGAGGAAGAAACCUUGCAAAGGGUCAACUCAUUUUCUACGCCCUUCCAGAAUGGGAACAAAAAAUUCAAAAUACAUACCUGUCUAUCUAUGACAGCUUGCUUUGGGAAUGCAAAGCUAGAGGAAAGCCAAACCCUUGGUACACGUGGUUAAAGAAUGGGGAGCGCCUCAGUCCAGAGGAAAGAAUUCAAAUAGAAAAUGGAACACUUAUCAUAACUAUGCUGAAUCUGUCAGAUUCUGGUGUCUACCAAUGCGCCGCAGAAAACAAAUAUCAGAUAAUUUAUGCAAAUGCAGAAUUGAGAGUAUUGGCCUCAGCUCCUGAUUUCUCCAAAAAUCCCAUUAAAAAAAAUUCAGUUGUUCAAGUUGGUGGGGAUAUUGCUAUCGAAUGCAAACCAAUUGCUUUUCCUAGGGCAGCUAUCUCCUGGAAAAGACGAGCGGAGAGCCUGAAGCAGAGCAAAAGAGUGAGUCUCUUGGAGGAUGGCAGCCUCAAGAUAUAUAACGUUACCAGGUCAGAUGCCGGAUCAUAUACUUGCAUAGCUACAAAUCAGUUUGGUGUUGCGAGGAACACUGGCAGCCUAGUCGUAAAAGAGAGGACUAUUAUUACCCUUCCACCUUCCAAAAUGGAUGUUACAGUUGGCGAGAGUAUAGUCCUACCAUGCCAGGUGUCCCAUGACCCCUCCAUUGAAGUUGUAUUUGUGUGGUCUUUCAAUGGAGAUGUCAUAGACUUAAAAAAAGGAGUGGCUCAUUUUGAAAGGAUUGGAGGAGAAUCUGUUGGGGAUUUGAUGAUAAGGAAUAUUCAGUUAAAUCAUUCUGGAAAAUAUCUAUGCACAGUAAAAACAACUCUAGAAAGUUUAUCUGCUGCGGCUGAUAUCAUUGUUAGAGGUCCCCCAGGUCCCCCUGAUGAUGUGAGAGUGGAACAUAUCUCCAGUACUACUUCUCAACUAAGCUGGAGACCAGGUUCAGAUAAUAACAGUCCCAUUCAAAUAUUUACGGUUCAAGCUCGGACACCAUUUUCUGUGGGUUGGCAAGCUGUUUCUACAGUUCCAGAAAUUCUCAGUGGUAAGACAUACAAUGCAACAGUGGUUGGUUUGAGUCCUUGGGUCGAAUAUGAAUUUCGUGUUGUUGCUGGGAACAGCAUUGGGAUUGGAGAACCAAGUAAACCAUCAGAAUUGUUAAGAACCAAAGCAUCAGUCCCGGUCGUGGCACCAACAAAUAUCAAUGGAGGUGGAGGAAGUCGGUCUGAACUCGUCAUUACGUGGGAGUCAAUUCCAGAAGAACUACAGAAUGGAGAGGAAUUUGGAUACAUCAUCAUGUUGCGGCCAGUUGGCUCAACAACCUGGAUCAAGGAAAGAGUGCCAUCUGUGGAAUCAUCAAGGUUUGUUUACAGAAACGAAAGCAUCAUCCCCCUCUCUCCCUUUGAAGUCAAAGUGGGUGUGUACAAUAAGGAAGGAGAAGGAUCACUGAGUACCGUGUCCAUUGUCUACUCUGGGGAAGACGAACCUCAGCUAGCACCAAGGGGAACUUCUGUCCAAAGUUUUUCUGCUUCAGAAAUGGAGGUUUCGUGGAAUGCUAUUGCCUGGAAUAGAAACACUGGAAGAGUGCUGGGCUAUGAGGUCUUAUACUGGACAGAUGACUCCAAGGAAUCCAUGAUUGGUAAAACUAGAGUGAGCGGAAAUGUCACAACCAAAAACAUCACAGGGCUGAAAGCUAACACUGUCUACUUUGCUUCCGUGAGAGCUUACAACACUGCUGGGACAGGGCCCUCAAGCCCCCCAGUCAACGUUACCACCAAAAAGUCUCCUCCAAGCCAACCACCAGCUAACAUUGCCUGGAAGCUGACAAACUCUAAAUUAUGCCUAAACUGGGAGCAUGUAAAAACCAUGGAAAAUGAGUCUGAAGUAUUGGGUUACAAGAUUCUGUACCGGCAAAACAGACAGAGUAAAACUCAUAUUUUGGAAACAAACAAUACAUCAGCUGAGCUUCUGGUUCCAUUUGAAGAGGACUAUUUGAUUGAAAUAAGAACAGUUAGUGAUGGUGGAGAUGGAAGCAGCAGUGAGGAAAUUAGGAUUCCAAAAAUGUCAAGUUUGAGUUCCAGAGGGUUUCCAGUCUCAGAACCUAGAGUCCAUUUCCUGUCUGUCAUCAUGAUUUUUUACUGUUUGCUAUUCAGCCACUUAAACAAUGAAUAAAACCAUAAAUCUUUGA